AUGGCAAUGGCAACAAUAUGUUCAAGCUUAUUGGUGUUCCCAAAUUUCAACCGUACAGCCAGCUUCAAGGUAAGAGCUCAAAUAUCUGGUGACAACAAAAAGGCCACGGCAGUAGAGCCUGUGAACGGUUCGGUCUCUGUGGCUAGUGUCCGAAUCCCAAAAGCGAGUCAUGAAGUGAAGGGGAAAGUUAAAUCCGAGGAAAUUGAGCUGUUAUGGGAUGAUGGGUAUGGCUCCAAAUCUGUCAAGGACUACUUUGCAGAGGCCAAUGAGAUCUUGAAGAAGCCUGACGGUGGUCCUCCACGGUGGUUUAGCCCCGUCGAUUGUGGCCGACCCAUCAAAGAUGCACCUACGCUUCUCUUCCUACCUGGGCUCGAUGGCACAGGGAUGGGUCUCGUUCCACAUCAUAAAGCUCUUGGGAAGGCUUUUCAUGUCUGGUGCCUGCAUAUUCCGGUGCAUGAUCGUACUCCAUUUGAAGGGCUGGUGAAAAUUGUCGAAGAUGUUUUGAGUCAGGAGCAUGCUACACGUCCGAAUAAGCCAAUAUAUCUCGUGGGCGAUUCCUUUGGAGGAUGCCUGGCUCUUGCUGUUGCUGCCCGAAACCGUCAAUUAGACUUGGUGUUGAUACUAGUCAACCCAGCAACAUCAUUUGAGAGGUCACCACUACAGCCGUUGCUACCUAUAUUAGAGAUGGUGCCAGAAGAGCUUCAUUUUACUGUUCCGUACGUUCUAAGCUUUAUUAUGGGUGAUCCAAUGAAGAUGGCUUCACUUGGUAUCAACAACCAACUUCCAGCAAGAAUAAAAAUGGAAAAGUUGAGAGAGAGGCUUACUAACUCUAUGCUUCCUCUUCUAUCUGAGCUCGGUGGAAUCAUUCCUAGGGAAACUUUACUUUGGAAGCUUAAGUUAUUGAGAUCUGGCGCUGCUUAUGCCAAUUCCCGCAUCCAUGCAGUUCAAGCCGAAGUCUUGGUCCUUGCUAGUGGAAAGGACAGGAUGCUUCCUAGCCAAGAAGAAUCAAAGCGGCUUCAUGGGGUGCUAAAAAACUGUACAGUUCGAUGCUUCAAGGAAAACGGGCAUACCCUUUUACUGGAAGAUAGCAUCAGUUUGCUCACGGUAAUAAAAGGUACAUGCAAGUACCGGCGCACCUGGAGAUAUGACUUUGUUUCUGAUUUCUUGCCUCCCAGUGAGGGAGAACUUUCUUACGCCCUUCAGGAACUGCUUGGAUUCUUACGAAAUGCUGUAAGUUCUGUGUUUCUGUCAACUAUGGAAGACGGGAGAAUAGUGAAGGGACUUGCUGGUGUUCCAGAUGAUGGUCCGGUGCUACUUGUUGGUUACCACAUGUUGAUGGGAUUGGAACUUGGCCCAAUGUCGGAGGCAUUUAUCAAAGAGAAAAACAUUCUCUUUCGCGGAAUGGCCCAUCCUAUUCUGUAUUCUGAAGAUGAUGCAGGUAAGGAGUUUGGUUAUGGCGACUGGAUUAAGGUAUUUGGUGCCUAUCCUGUCACCGCAACCAAUCUUUUCAAGCUGUUAUCUUCUAAAUCUCAUGUUCUUCUCUAUCCUGGCGGUGCACGAGAGGCUCUCCAUUACCGGGGUGAACAAUACAAACUAAUUUGGCCUGAACAGCAAGAGUUUGUAAGGAUGGCAGCACGGUUUGGUGCAACAAUAGUGCCGUUUNGAACAGUUGGUGAAGACGACAUAGCUGAAUUGGUUCUUGAUUACAACGACCUGAUGAAGAUUCCAAUUCUCAAUAACUAUAUCUCGGAAAUAACUCGCGAUACCAGUAAAUUUAAAUUGAGGGAAGACUCAAGUGGAGAGGUAGCAAACCAGCAGCUCUACAUACCAGGACUCGUACCGAAAAUCCCUGGUAGGUUCUAUUACCUGUUUGGGAAACCGAUAGAGACUAAGGGAAGACCAGAACUUGUGAAAGACAAAGAAGCAGCAAAUCGGGUUUACUUGGAGGCGAAAGCAGAAGUAGAGAAAAGCCUAGCCUACUUGUUGAAGAGACGAGAGGAAGAUCCAUACAGAAGAGUUGUUGACAGAUUAAGUUACAGUUUGACACACCUUCCUGAGAACGAUGUUCCUUCCUUCGACCCAUGA